CCUGUCCACGUUGCUUAGGAACACUCUCUGGAAUCUAAUUAAGACCCUCUCUCUGUCUGUGUCUCAGUGCCCGGUGAGGACUGCCAGGUAGUAAUGAAGGUUCUUUUACUGAAAGACCCUAAAGAGGACGACUGUGGCCAGGACCCGUACAUCAGGGAAUUAGGAUUGUAUGGACUUGAAGCUACUUUGAUCCCUGUUUUAUCAUUUGAGUUUUUGUCUCUCCCCAGCUUCUCCGAGAAGCUGUCUCAUCCUGAAGGUUACGGGGGACUCAUCUUCACCAGUCCCCGAGCAGUAGAAGCAGUGGAGUUGUGUUUGGAGAAGGACAAUAAAACUGAAGCCUGGAAAAAAUCUCUGAAAGAAAAAUGGAAUGCUAAGCCAGCAUACGUGGUUGGAAGCGCCACUGCUUCUCUAGUGAGAAAAAUUGGCCUGGAGACAGAGGGAGAAAAAUGUGGAAAUGCAGAAAAACUUGCAGAAUAUAUUUGUUCCAGGGAGUCACCGUCGCUGCCUCUUCUGUUUCCCUGUGGAACCCUCAAAGGUGAAAUCCUGCCGAAAAUGCUCAAGGACCAAGGCAUACCCAUGGAAAGCAUAACUGUCUAUCAGAAGAUCCCACAUCCAGGAAUCCAAGGAAACCUGAAGAGCUAUUUCUCCAAGCAGGGUGUCCCAGCCAGCAUCACGUUUUUCAGUCCCUCGGGCCUGACGUACAGCCUCCAGCAUAUCCAGGAGUUAGCUGGUGACAGCAUCAGGCAAAUCCAGUUUGCAGCCAUUGGCCCCACCACGGCACGCGCGCUGGCCGCCCAGGGUCUGCCUGUGAGCUGCACGGCAGAGCUCCCCACACCGGGAGCCCUGGCCACGGGCAUCCGGAAGGCGCUCCAUGCCCACAGCUGCUGCUGAGCGGCCCCCUGGCUGCCUCGGCCCGCACAGCCUUCCUGCACGACCUGCUGCCCCCUGCUGCCCCCUCAGGAUGGAGUGAGGCAUUGGGCAGGAAGCCGGCGUCCAACACCCGCCUCCAGCCUGAGU